UGCGAGCUCUGUCAGCUCCACACCUUUUCUGAUGGAUGAACAUCAAACAUAGAGGAAGGCAGGCAUGCCGUGUGCAGGUAACCCACCUGACUUGUCCAAAAACACAGUAUAAGUAAUGCCGUGAAGGGGCGGGUCCCCUCUCUUUUGCACUUGGGUUGAUCGGGUGUAGGGGCCUAGAAGGGAUCACUAAACCCAGUUUUUGUCAGUGUCUCAGUGACUUAUCUACUGCUCUCACCAGUCAAAUUGUGUACCAGCUCUGUCAUUCUGUAGCGAGGACCAUAUGCGCGGUUCCUUGUGGAAAACAUGACGUGCCAUACUGUGUGUACUGUGCUUUGGUGCCUCCUACUGUGCAGACAGCAACCUCCUGUGCACAGCCCGUACUAAUUCGUGUGAGGCCGAGUUUUUUUCGGGCGACCCGAAUACAAAGCUUGAGAGCCCGGCGCACCUCCUCCCCGUCAUUUUCAUCACCGCUCGCUAGCGCCUGAUCUGCAUCGACGCACGGCCGAGCGAGCUGUACUCGUCUUAAACCCCCCAGAAAAACCCACGCCCCUGAAAGGCAAAACCCCCGCAAACGCACGAGCAAAUGAACACCACGACAAGGAUGCCACUCUCCUUCGCGAUCUUCCCAUGCUUGCUGCUCUCCAUGGCGGCCGCCGCAGCGGCCAUGGAUCCAGCAGAGCGGGAGACGCUGUUCCUCGUCAUGGACGCCGUCUCCUCCGAUCGGGACUGGCGCUCCGAGAGCCCCGACCCUUGCAGUGCGCCUUGGCCGGGGCUCGAGUGCAAGCCGGCGGCCCCGCCAGGCAGCAGCAACGCUGCCGCGCCGCUGCACGUAACGCGUCUGGACUUCGGCGUGGAGCCCAACCCGUCUUGCAAGGACACGGCCACAUUCCCGCCCCAGGUGCUCACCUUGCCUCACCUCCAGUCCCUCUUCUUCGUCGACUGCUUCAAGAACCUGGCCGCCACCAGCACCCUCGUCCUCCCGUCGUCGGCAAACCUCUCCUAUUCCAGCCUGCAGCAGCUCAGCAUCAGGGCCAAUCCUUCGCUGUCCGGCGUGAUGCCGCCGCAGCUGGCCAGGCUCAAGUCCCUCCAGGUGCUCACCAUCUCCCAGAACGGCCUGAUCCGCGGCGAGAUCCCGCAAGGCAUCGGCGAGCUCAGGUCGCUGGUGCACCUCGACCUCAGCUACAACUCGCUGUCCGGGCCGGUGCCGAGCCAGAUCAGCGGGCUCAGGGCCUUGGUUGGUCUGGACCUGAGCUACAACGCGCUAUCCGGCCCCAUCCCGGGCCGGAUCGGCGAGCUGCGGCAGCUGCAGAAGCUGGACCUCAGCUCCAACAACCUCACCGGCGCCAUCCCUGACACUGUCGCCAAUCUGACCUCGCUUACCUUCUUGGCGCUGAGCAACAACGGCCUGACCGGGCGCUUCCCUCCUGGCCUCUCUGGCCUCCGGAACCUCCAGUACCUGAUCAUGGACAACAACCCGAUGGGUGUCCCGCUGCCGUCCGAGCUCGGCGGCCUCGCCCGUCUUCAAGAGCUCCGGCUCGCGGGCUCCGGAUACUCGGGGCCGAUACCGGAGGCGUUCGGUCAGCUGGUGAGCCUGACGACGCUUUCGCUCCAAGACAACAACCUCACGGGUGCGAUCCCGGCGGGGCUGAGCAGGCUGCACAGGAUGUACCAUCUGAACCUGAGCAACAACGGGCUGGGCGGCGCCGUGCCGUUCGACGGCGCGUUCCUGCGCCGGCUCGGCCGAAACCUCGACCUCAGCGGCAACUCGGGGCUGUGCCUGGACGACGGGAACGUCGUACGGGGCGUCGGCAUCGGUGUUGGUGCCUGCCGUGGCGGUGGCGGCGGUGGUUCGUUGGCGCGUGACACGGUAAGCAGUGCUGCCGGGAGAGGAGUGACGAAGCGGUUUCACCUGCUCGGCCCUGUAUGUGUGGUGGUGGUCUCCUGCAUAUUGUCUUUGAAUGAGCACGCGUAGUAUUGAUAGGAUUCUUGUAAUUUGUAAGUGUGCUAGCCUCUGCCCUCUGUACGUAUUUGUGUGUUGCGUUGCUAAUUUGUCUACGACGGUAGGUUUUGUAGAUUUGCACAAGUGGUUGACUUUGUGGGUUAAGCAGUGCGCCUUCUUU